AUGCGCGCCGGUAUCCACCCCGACUACCAGGAAAUCACGGUUACUUGUGCCUGCGGCACCAGUUUCGUGACCCGUUCCACCCGGGGAAGCGAUCUUCGGCUCGAAAUCUGUUCCGCCUGCCAUCCGUUUUUCACCGGAAAACACCGGAUCGUGGACUCGACCGGACGGGUUGAACGAUUCCGCCAGAAAUACGGCGAGGUUCGUUCGCGGCGGGCAGAGCAGACGGGCGCUCAGUCGUAG